UUGCUGAGUUCCCCCAACGCUGCCCUCCAGAACUCCCUGGCCUCUGUGGUCUCUGGCCCCCCCAGCACCCCCUCCCUCAACACCCCCACCCCCAUUGAUCCCUCCUCCAUGCAGAGGGCCUACGCCGCCCUGGGCCUGCCCUACAGUAACCAGACCCCCACCCCCGGACAGACCCCCCCAGGGGGACAGAACGCUACCCAAGGGCAGCAUCCACAGCAGAUGAGACCCAUCAAUGCACUAGGUAAAGAUUGGUUUUGUUGUGUGUUAGCCAUGUAUAGCAGGGCUGUGUUCAUUAGGACACUUAACAGAAGACAUUUGGAAAUGUUUUGAAAUGGGAAUUAGUGUUUUAUUGGACCAGUUCAGGUGGUCCCGCCCUGUUUCAAUCAAUUUUCUGUUUGCUGCCUAAUGAGCACGACCCAAGGUGUGUCAGUUUGGGAUAAGUGUUUGAUUAAGGGACCAUGGUUUAGUCAGUCUCCAUUGGACCUUGCUCAACAGGUUUUAUUGUUUAGUUAACCGUCUAGUAACAGUUUCUACUUAAUUUAACUGCGUAAACAUUAAAGCGUGUGUGUGCUUCUGUCUUGUGUGUGGCGCGACGUGUGUGUAAUACAAUCUUAACUUGCAUCUAGACACACAUACAGAUUCUAACGUGCCGUGUCGCUGUUUCUCCAGGUAACCAGAUGGCGAUGGGGGGCGGGGCGAUGGGCGUGGCCUCAUCAGAUCAGACCAACCUGCACUCGGACUCUCCCAACAAGUGAGUCUCAGCAAACAUAUGUAAUGCCUUGGAGCUGUGCCAAGGAAUCAAUUGAUUGAAUUGAAGUGGUUAUUCAACAAACUAUUGCUUUAGCUGAGAGUAAAUAGAUCAAGUGACUGAAACUGCAAGUAAAACACAAAAGAAGGCAUAUAGCACGAUCAUGGAUAAUAAGUUAAUUGGCCCCACUUAGCUGUAUUGAAGAACCUCUCACAUAGGUUUCCAUAUGAAUUGACUUGUUGACACAGCACCAGACUUAACUGAAUUGUAACUUCUCAUGAGUUUAUGUUCAGGCCUAUGUAAAAUGUUUUCCCUUGUCCUAAUCUCACCCUCUCCUCUCCUCCCCCUCUCAGUCAGCUGCUGUCCGACGGGUCAGGUGUUGGCUCCAUGGGGGGUAGCCUGCCCACCGCCGCCCCCCUCUCAGCCACGGGAGUCAGGAAGACCUGGCAUGAACACGUCACUCAGGACCUCCGCAACCACCUCGUCCACAAACUGUACGUCCAGAUGGCUGCAGUGGGAAAACGACCAUAGAAAACCGUUAAAAUACUCUUAUCUCAAUGGAAUAUUAAACACAAGUCUCACAGAGCCGUGGUUCAGUUCCAAAGCAGUGGUUUUGUAUUGUGACUCACCGGAAGCCUUUAGAUUUUUUUAUCGUCACCCACCACACAAACAGAACUUCCUAGCCAUAACAACUCGCAUCCACUUUUAUCAGAAGCUCAGUAAUGAGAAAGUCAUGUUCUUAUUAAGGCUACAUAAGCAGUGAAUCACUUGAAAAUAGUCUAGAGACUCUGAGUCUUUCCCAUAUUCAUUAGUUUGUUUAUUCAUUGCCUCUUCUCUCUCCCUCCCCCUCUCCUUCUCUCUGUCCAGAGUACAAGCCAUUUUCCCCACCCCAGAUCCGGCCGCUCUAAAGGACAGGCGGAUGGAGAACCUGGUGGCAUACGCUAGGAAGGUGGAGGGGGACAUGUACGAGUCUGCCAACAGCAGGGUACGAGAGCUAGGAAGGUGGAAGGGGACAUGUACAGUGCAUUCGGAAAGUAUUCAGACCCCUUGACUUUUUCCACAUUUUGCUACGUUACAGCCUUAUUCUAAAAUUGAUUAAAUUGUUGUUUUUUUCCUCAACAAUCUACACACAAUACCCCAUAAUGACAAGGCAAAAAAAGGUUUUUAGAAAAUAGCACAUUUACAUAAGUAUUCAGACCCUUUACUCAGUACUUUGUUGAAGCACCUUUGGCAGCGAUUACAGCCUUGAGUCUUCUUGGGAAUUACGCUACAAGCUUGGCGCACCUGUAUUUGGGGAGUUUCUCCCAUUCUUAUCUGCAGAUCCCAUCGAGCUCUGUCAGGUUGGAUGGGGAGCGUCGCUGCACAGCCAUUUUCAGGUCUCUCCAGAGAUGUUCGAUCGGGUUCAAGUCUGGGCUCUGGCUGGGCCACUCAAGGACAUUCAGAGACUUGUCCUGAAGCCACUCCUGCGUUGUGUUGGCUGUGUGCUUAGGGUCGUUGUCCUGUUGGAAGGUGAACCUUCGCCCCAGUCUGAGGUCCUGAGCGCUUUGGAGCAGGUUUUCAUCAAGGAUAUCUCUCUGUACUUUGCCCCGUUCAUCUUUUCCUCGACCCUGACUGGUCUCCCAGUCCCUGCCGCUUAAAAACAUCCCCACAGCAUGAUGCUGCCACCACCAUGCUUCACUGUAAGAAUGGUGCCAGGUUUCCUCCAGAUGUGACACUUGGCAUUCAGGCCAAAGAGUUAAAUCUUGGUUUCAUCAGACCAGAGACUCUUGUUUUUCAUGGUCAGAGUCCUUUAGGUGCCUUUUUUAGUCCCGUGUAGCUCAGUUGGUAGAGCAUGGCGUUUGCAACAUUUUACAUUUUACAUUUUAGUCAUUUAGCAGACGCUCUUAUCCAGAGCGACUUACAGGAGCAAUUAGGGUUAAGUGCCUUGCUCAAGGGCACAUUAACGUCAUUUAGCAGACGCUCUUAGCCAGAGCGACUCACAAAUUGGUGCGUUCACCCUAUAGCCAGUGGGAUAACCACUUUACAAUUUGGGGGGGGGGGGGUUAGAAGGAAUACUUUAUCCUAUCCCAGGUAUUCCUUAAAGAGGUGGGGUUUCAAAUGUCUCCGGAAGGUGGUGAGUGACUCCGCUGUCCUGGCGUCGUGAGGGAGCUUGUUCCACCAUUGGGGUGCCAGAGCAGCGAACAGUUUUGACUGGGCUGAGCGGGAGCUAUGCUUCCGCAGAGGAAGGGGAGCCAGCAGGCCAGAGGUGGAUGAACGCAAUGCCCUCGUUUGGGUGUAGGGACUGAUCAGAGCCUGAAGGUACAGAGGUGCCGUUCCCCUCACUGCUCCAUAGGCAAGCACCAUGGUCUUGUAGCGGAUGCGAGCUUCAACUGGAAGCCAGUGGAGUGUGCGGAGGAGGGGGGUGACGUGAGAGAACUUGGGAAGGUUGAACACCAGACGGGCUGCGGCAUUCUGGAUGAGUUGUAGGGGUUUAAUGGCACAGGCAGGGAGGCCAGCCAACAGCGAGUUGCAGUAGUCCAGACGGGAGAUGACAAGUGCCUGGAUUAGGACCUGUGCCGCUUCCUGUGUAAGGCAGGGUCGUACUCUCCGAAUGUUGUAGAGCAUGAACCUGCAGGAGCGGGUCACCGCCUUGAUGUUGGCGGAGAACGACAGGGUGUUGUCCAGGGUCACGCCUAGGCUCUUCGCACUCUGGGAGGAGGACACAGCGGAGUUGUCAACCGCAACGCCAAGGUUGUGGGUUCGAUUCCCACGGGGGGCCAGUAUGAAAAUGUAUGCACUCACUAACUGUAAGUCGCUCUGGAUAAGAGCGUCUGCUAAAUGACUAAAAUGUAAAAUGUUUUGGGAAACUCCAAGCAGGCUGUCAUGUGCGUUUUACUGAGGAGUGGCUUCAGUCUGUCCACUCUACUAUAAAGGCCUGAUUGGUGGAGUGCUGCACAGAUGGUUGUCCUUCUGGAAGGUUCUCCCAUCUCCACAGAGGAACUCUGGAGCUCUGUCAGAGUGACCAUCGGGUUCUUGGUCACCUCCCUGACCAAGGGCCUUCUCCCCUGAUUGCUCAGUUUGGCCGGGCAGCCAGCUCUAGGAAGAGUCUUAGUGGUUCCAAACUUCUUCCAUUUAAGAAUGAUGGACGCCACUGUGUUCUUGCGGACCUUCAAUGCUGCAGAAAUUGUUUCGUACCCUUCCCCAGAUCUAUGCCUCGACACAAUCCUGUCUCUGAGCUCUACGGACAAUUCCUUGGACUUCAUGGCUUGGUUUUUUCUCUGACAUGCACUGUCAACUGUGCGACCUGAUAUAGACAGGUGUGUGCCUUUCCAAAUCAUGUCCAAUCAAUUGAAUUUACCACAAGUGGACUCCAGUCAAGUUGUCGAAACAUCUCAAGGAUGAUCAAUGGAAACAGGAUGCACCUGAGCUCAACUUCGAGUCUCAUAGCAAAGGGUCUGAAUACUUAUGUAAAGGUCUCUGGAGAGACCUGAAAAUGGCUGUGCAGCGACACUCCCCAUCCAACCUGACAGAGCUUGAGGGGAUCUGCAGAGAAGAAUGGGAGAAACUCCCCAAAUACAGGUGUGCCAAGCUUUGUAGCGUCAUACCCAAGAAGACUUGAGGCUGUAAUCGCUGCCAAAGGUGCUUCAACAAAGUACUGAGUAAAGGGUCCGAAUACUGUAAAUGUGAUAUUUCCGUUAAAACAUUUUUUUUUUUAAAUAGCAAAAAUGUAUAACCCGUUUUCGCUUUGUCAUUAUGGGUGUAGAUUGAUGAGAGAAAAAAAAGAUACAAUCCUUUUUAGAAUAAGGCUGUAACGGAACAAAAUGUGGAAAAAGUCAAGGGGUCUGAAUACUUUCCGAAUGCACUGUACGAGUCUGCCAACAGCAGAGUACACAGCUCACAUUCCCCACAAACAAGCCCCUUGAAUAGUCCUCAGUGUCCUGCUUUUCUCUCUAUCAGUUUGUGCUCUUACCAACACUUGAGCACUGAAGUUGAUGAGCCAUAGUGACGGUAAACUAGUUGUUAUGCAUUCUACUAGUUUUUAGACUGCUAGAUUGUUUUCAACUACAUUACCCAACCGUUUUAUUCACUCAUUUGUCUCCCCUCCAGGACGAGUACUACCACUUCCUGGCAGAGAAGAUCUAUAAGAUCCAGAAGGAGCUGGAGGAGAAGAGGAAGUCUCGGCUCCAGAAACAGAUCAUCAACCAGGGGCCUCUGGCGGCUGCAGGAGCCCAACAGCAGCCUGGAGGUCUCCCCCAGCCCAACACCCUGGCUGGGCAGCCUGUUAGGCCACAGAGUGAGUACCAAGCCAUAACCCUAAACCCUAACACUCUGGAGGUGGUAGUAGUAGUGGUGGUGGUAAGUCCAAAACCAGGGCUUUUAUUUCUUAAACCUUUUGGGGUUGUUUUUUUGUCAUCUUUCUUGCUCUUUGUUUGAAUGUAUUUCCCUUUGUUUGCUGCUCUCCUCCAACCCCUGACCUUAUCCUGCUGUCUUUCUGUGCUUCCUCAUCCUCCUCUUCCUCAGACGGGCCAGUGUCUAUUCCCAAUGUGCCAAAUCAGAUCAUGAAUCGCAUGCAAAUUCCUCAAGGUACCAACCCCACCCUAGGUUUUCUUAUUUAAGGCAAUUUGUGUGUGUGUGGUGUGAAUCUGCAUAUUCGUGUCGAUCAAUUUGACGUAUGUGCUUGGCAUCUCUCUAUGAGUGUGUUGUGCGUCAUGUCCUGUGUGUGUGUGUGUGUCUUGUCUGACAUUGUGCUCCACCUCUCCUCUGCAGGGCUCAGUCAGUUCAGCCCCAUGGCCCUGCCCAACAUCCAGAUGUCCCAGCAGCCUCUAGGGCCCCGUGCCGCCUCCCCCAUGAACCACCCCACACAGAUCAACAUGGGCUCCGUCCCCUCCGUGAGUACCACCCCCCAACACACACACACACACACACACACACUAGGCUGUACAAGGGAGGGUGGGAUGGAGAGAGAGGUGGGGGAUAGAGAGAGAGAGAGAGAGAGAGAGGGGGAUGGAGAGCGAGCUCGUACUCCCCAGCGUUCCCUUAUAACGCUCAGUGGCGUCACGGCGACAGUUCUUUAGUAAAACCGAAGCGUGGGAUGAGGGAGUUACAGGGGUCACGUUUCAGCACACAAGGCACCAUUUUAUUUUUGUUUUCCCAGCGCUUUGAGUCAGUCAGAGCGCCGCUUGUGCACUGAUGACGCCGCCUUGUCGAGAGCUCUCGUGAUAAUUGAUGAUCUCUCCCGUUUUAUAGACAACCCCUCUGUUGGUGCUGUCUGGGAAGAGAAGUCACAGUGACUAAUUGAAAUGGCAAACUGUUGCGAUGCGGACUGAUUUUAUUCUGAUUUGAAGUUGGUAGUCUCAUAGGGUUUAAGGGAUAUAUAUGAAAUGAUGCUGUCUUUUAGGGGCCCCAAACUAUAGCAUUAAGGCUGACAUACUCCUCUCCUUAUGCUUCAUUGUAUUUGUGUAAAUCUAGGAUUUGAUUGAUUGGUUCUCCUAUUACCCCGGUAACACUCCCUCUCUCCUCCUCAGAUGGGUCUGUCUCCCUCGCGGAUGCCCCAGGCCCAGGGAAUGCUGGGAGCCCGCGGCGGCGGCAGCAUGGUGGGCCAGACAGCCAAUCAGAACAGUCAGUUCCAUCCCCCUCAGACCCCAUUCCCCCCCUCUGCCUCCGGCGCCAUGAACGCUAACAACCUGGGUCUAGGCCAGCCCCCAGCACAGGCUGCUGUCACACAGGUGAGAGAUGGAGAGAUGGAGAGAUGAAGGGAGGGAGGGAGGGUUAGAAAGAUGGGAGGGAAGGCCUGGGCUACUGUCACAAGGGUGAGAGAUGGAUGGAUGGAUGGAGGGAGAGAGAGAGGGAUGGUUUCAAUGCCCCACUAAAUCAGUAACCAUCACAACUCACACACUGACUAUCAUGAGGUUCCCUUAACUCAAGUCUCUGUGUGUGUUUGGUUGACGUGUGUCUAAUCGUCUGUCUGUUGUAUGUCUGUGUGUCUUCCUGUGUCUUCUGGUGUGUGUGUGUGUGUGUGUGCGCACCUCCUCUCUCCCUACAGCAGUCGCCGCAGCAGCAGAGCGCUAACCUCCCCAUGAGUGCACUUGGUCCCCUGGGCCCCCAGCUCCCCUCCCAGCCCCCCCUGCGCUCCACUCCUCCACCCUCCUCCUCUUCCUCCGCAGGGGGGUCCACAACUAACCUGCAGCCCCCCAAGCCCUCCAGCCGCAGCUCAACCCCCACCCUCUCCACCCCUGGUCCUUCCAACACCCCUCCCCGCCCAACCCCGACCCAGCCUCCUCAACCCCAGCCACAUACCCCCCUCCAGCCACAGACUCAGUCCCAACCCCAACCGGAGCUUCCUACAGUGCAGACCCAGCAGACCCCGACCACGCCGGUGAGAGACCUGAGACCGCAUGGCAUGCCCUUCGACCUUGUACCUCCAACCUACGGCAUCCCUUCCUAACCUCUCCGUUGACCAUGCCAUCUUGUGUUCUAGCUGCAUGACGACCAUGGAAUGUCUCAUCUGUCAAGCAAACUCACUGUAUUCUCUCACUCACUGUUUUGAGAAAUUGUGAAGAACUUGCUCUCCACUAAUUGCUUGUUUGACCCUCUUUUUGUAAUUCUUCCGUUUCCCCCUCUUUUUCUUUCUUUUGCUCUCUCCCUCUCGCUCCUCUUUUUCUCGCUUGCGGUCUUCCUCUCUCUCACUCUUGCUCUCUCUCCUCUCUCUCUUUUUCAGCUUUCUCAGACAGGUGCCAGUCUGGAUAACCGGGUGCCCACCCCGGCUUCUGCCGCCAGCGGCGACUUGCAUUCGCACUCCCAGCAUGCUUUGCCUGACCUGCCAGCCCAGGAGACCAAGGCCGAGCCGCGGCUUAGGGACCAGCGGGACUUUGAGUCGGCCAGCGGCAAGACCGAGCCCAAGAUGGAGGUGUGUUUGUUGUUUGUUAAUGUAUUCAUUAAUUCAGGCUUGGUUAGGCUGUGCUCCAGAAGUAAUAUAGUCAGUCCAUUUCAUUAGACAAUAAAUGUUGAAUCAUAGAAAUAGAAGCUAUGAAUCACAUGGGUUAUACUGUAAACAAGGCAUUUCUUCUAGCUUUAUUAAUCGCCCAUCUUUACUUCCUGUUUCCAGACUGAGGAGGACUCUGGUUCGCUGUCAGUGAAGGAGGAGCCAGAGGAGAAGCAGGAGCCAAUGGAGACUGAGGAGAAGAAGCCGGAGAUGAAGACUGAGCCCAAAGAGGAGGAGGAGGAGGGGGGAGGAGCCAAUGGCACAGUGUCCUCAUCCCCUUCUCAGUCACGGAGGAAAAGUGAGUACUACACACGUCUCUCUCUCUCUCUCUCUCUCUCUCUCUCUCUCUCUCUCUCUCUCUCUCUCUCUCUCUCUCUCUCUCUCGCCAUCUCUCUGUCUCUCUCUCUCUCUCUAGCCAUCUCUAUCUUUCCCUCAAGAAGGGACUAGGGACAGGACAAGGAAUUGGUCUAGGAUGAAACUUAGAGAAACCCCUACUAAAUCUCUCUUUCUCUACCCCCCACCCCUCUUCUCUCCGUCUCUGCUCCAGUCUUUAAGCCAGAGGAGCUGCGCCAGGCCCUCAUGCCCACCCUAGAGUCUCUUUACAGACAGGACCCAGAGUCUCUACCCUUCAGACAGCCUGUAGACCCCAUGGUACUGGGCAUCCCGGUGAGGACACACAGACACGCUACAGACAGGACCUAUAGCCUUUACCCUUUAGACAGCCUGUAGACCCCAUGUUGCAGGGCAUCCCUGUAAGUAGCCCACCCCUUAAACCACUCCAUAGAUAGCCACAGAGCUCAAACACACGUCUUCAGUUGUUUCACCUGAAACUUCCAGUCCAGCAAAUCUGAAUUAUACUCCUAAUGUUUUAGGAUGAAUCACGGGUUAUAUUCACUUUAUUUUCUAUGAAAAGAUGAAAGUCUUACCUUUUUGCCCAUGUCCGCAUACAUUUGUUAGAAGGUGUAGCAUUUGACUGACGCUCUCUGAUGAACAACUGACUUUCUUCUCUCCAGGACUACUUUGACAUCGUGAAGAACCCCAUCGACCUGUCCACCAUAAAGCGUAAGCUGGACACGGGUCAGUACCAGGAGCCCUGGCAGUACGUGGAAGACAUCUGGGUCAUGUUCAACAACGCCUGGAUCUACAACCGCAAGACGUCCCGCGUCUACAAGUACUGCUCCAAGCUGGCCGAGGUGUUUGAGCUGGAGAUAGACCCCGUUAUGAUGAGCCUUGGCUACUGCUGCGGCCGCAAGGUGAGAUGGAGGGAUGGGAGGGGAGAUGGAGGGGUGAUGAUGGAGGGAUGGGAGGCUAGAUGGAGGGGUGAUGAUGGAGGGAUGGGAGGCUAGAUGGAGGGGUGAUGAUGGAGGGAUGGGAGGCUAGAUGGAGGGGUGAUGAUGAGAUGGGAGGCUAGAUGGAGGGGUGAUGAUGGAGGGAUGGGAGGCUAGAUGGAGGGGUGAUGAUGGAGGGAUGGGAGGCUAGAUGGAGGGGUGGGAUGCUAGAUGGAAGGGGAUGGGAGGCUAGAUGGAGGGGUGAUGAUGGAGGGAUGGGAGGCUAGAUGGAGGGGUGAUGAUGGAGGGAUGGGAGGCUAGAUGGAGGGGUGAUGAUGGAGGGAUGGGAGGCUAGAUGGAGGGAUGAUGAUGGAGGGAUGGGAGGCUAGAUGAGGGUGGAGCUAGAUGAGGGUGAUGGAUGAUGGGAGGCUAGAUGGAGGGGGUUAUGUGAGGGAUGGGAGGAUGGAGGGGAGUGAUUGGAGGGAUGUGAUGAGGAGGCUAGAUGAGGGAGGUAGUGAUGAGGGAAUGGGAGGGAUGAGGAGCUAGAUGGAUGGGUUGAUGAUGGAGGGAGGAGGCUAGAUGGAGGGAUGAUGAUGGAGGGAUGGAGGCUAGAUGGAGGGUGAUGAUGGAGGGAUGGGAGGCUAGAUGGAGGGAUGAUGAUGGAGGGAUGGGAGGCUUGCUGGAGGGAUGAUGAUGGAGAGAGGGAGGGCAGGCAGAGAUUUUUUGCAUCACUGAAAUGAACUUUUCUUGCAAAUCUGUAUUCUAACGUUCUUGUUGUCCACUUCCUGUGCAGUAUGAGUUCUCUCCUCAAACUCUCUGCUGUUAUGGUAAGCAGCUGUGCACCAUACCCACCGGUGGCACCUACUACAGCUACCAGAACAGGUAAGAAGAGUUGCCUCUCCCUGCGCUAAAUGGUAGAGUGCUCACUCAGAAACUGCCCCCUUGCUCCUCCUGGUGUUCAGGUCAUGUAACUGCAGCUUUGGAAUGGCGUUGUGCAGCACAGCGGCCGUGGUGUGUGGAUAGAUAGCAUAACGCUGUAACACGAGGCAGCAUGGUCUGGGACCGUACUAAUAAAGAGUGCUGAUCUAGGAUCAGUUUUGCCUUUUAGAUCACACUGUAUGAUAACGGGGACCUGAUCCUAGAUCAGCACUCCUUUGCGGAGAUGCUUUAUGAAUAUACAGGCCCUGAUCUCUCCUGCAGCAUGGUCUACUAUUCCGACACUCCCAAGUCCUAAUGGAAAGAUUUGAAGUCAAACGAGAAAGUACUAUACAUCUCAGAUAGGAAUGGCUUUUCUGAUGUUCAUAUAUGCACUGACAACCUUUAGGUAGUCAUCCUAUUUCAGAUCUAUACAUUUAGCAGACUCUUUUAUCCAGAGCGACUUAGUUAAUGCAUUCAACUUAAGGUAGCUGGGUACGACAACCACAAUUCAGUCAUAUCAAGUUGAGGCGAGUGGACGUUUUAAAUGUCUGUUGGUGGUCUUUGGGCCUAGUGCCAUUUUCUGUGGUCCAUAUGCUAGAAUGUGUGUGUGUGUCGUCUUGUUCCAGGUAUCAUUUCUGUGAGAAGUGCUUCAAUGAGAUCCAGGGGCACAGUGUGACGUUAGGGGACGACCCGGCACAACCACAGACGUGAGUCAACCCCUCCUUACCUUAUUAUACUCCAGUUCACUUCAUUCACCUCAUUCAAACUCCAAUAGGAUCUUGUGUUUUUAUAUUCAGGUAUUUGCAGUAAAUGUAUGUUUCAUGUCAUGAUUUAGCCGUGUAAUCUAACUAGUCUUCUCUGCCUCUUCAGAAUGAUAUCUAAAGACCAGUUUGAGAGGAAGAAGAAUGACACGCUAGACCCUGAACCGUAAGCCUCUUUAACUAGUUGCUCUUCUAGGUGCCAUCUGUAUGUGUAUGGCUCAGACUCACUCUGUAUACCUUUCAUAUCAGCCUGCUGCUCCUGCAGGUAGCCCUACUAGACCUCCUGGUCUGCUCUGAAGCGCCAUCUGGUGUUUAGUUUUAUGUCAGUGUCCUAGGGAAGCAUUUCAACAUGUACACUUUUGGCCACGUGCUUGAUUUUCAAUAGGCAACAUAAGAGCCACUCAUAGAUCUCGAACUUUUGCUCACCUUUUAAUUGCCGUUCUAUCUACACAUUUGAGGUUUAUUGUAACGACAAGUAUAUUUGUUAUUAAUAUAUAAAUUAAUAAUGGCCUACAUAUGAGUCUUGUGUUCCAACCCCUCCUACAAAGGCGCACUUGCAUUGGUCUGCUUGCACGUGCGUAAGAACUGGAGGCAUAUUAAGUGAAUGUUGAUCUCUCUAUGGCUUCCUACUCUAGCAGUCAAGCCAAUCAGCACUCUUACAUAUCGUGAACAGUACAAUUUGGACAAGAAGAAAAACUGUUGACCUAAAUGGGAGACAUAACGGGUAUAGCUGUUAAUGGGUUUCUGUAGCAAACCAAGAUGUUUUGUUUUUGUCACCAGGUUUGUUGACUGUAAAGAUUGCGGUCGGAAGAUGCAUCAGAUAUGUGUUCUACACUAUGACGUCAUCUGGCCAUCCGGGUAAACAUUCUGACUCUGACAGUGACACAGAAUGGUGGGAAGAAGUUUUAUUCGAUACCAGUUACAUUAAUUACUUUUUUUUUUUUUUUUUCACAGAUUCAUCUGUGACAACUGUUUGAAGAAGAGUGGGAAAACACGGAAGGACAACAAGUUUUCUGCAAAAAGUAAGUCCUCUUUUCCAUUCCCUGGCUAUAAGCCACAUCUUAAAGCGGCAAUUCGCAGUUGAAACAAUAACUAAGCGUUUUCACUGCCCCUGUUUCGGUAAAAAGCUGAGUGAUGGGGCUGGAGAAAUGUACCCACUUUCAAAUUCAUAGACAAGCUAUGGAUGCAAGGACUGACCAUCCGUGAUAUCAAAAAUGUAGUUUUAUUAAAGGCUUUGGUUAUAUUUACUUUGUUUACAAACAUUGGAGUAAAACAGCUAAUUUUGGGUUCUGAUGUGGUACAACUGUUGAACUGAGCUCAUGAGGCAUUGAUAAGUUAUAUUCUUCAAUAAUAAAUGGGUACAUUCUGUAUCAAUCCUUCAAGCCCACAAAUUGAUGUAGCAACAGCUGAUUUCCCCUUUAAGGGUAUUGGAAUAUUUAGCCAAUUCCUUGUCAUGCAAUAUCUAGAAAAAGCCCAAACCUUUUGAAUAUCUGUGUAAUAAUAGCCUAGUUAUUCAAGCUUUACAGAAGCCUUUCUCUAAAUGACAAACCACUUCCAUAUGGUGAAUGUCAUGGACUUAUGACAUCAAGAGAUCACUGGCUUUCUCCAAUUACCUGCAGUAGCUCUUUGCAUUGUUUUGUCUCUGGCAUUUGUAGUACUAGAGAGCGUGUUUGACCUUUCCAUGCACAUGGCAUUAAGCUAAAUUAGACUCUGUCUGCACAUUUAUUCAUACAUAAAACAUUCCCUGCUGAAUGAAGGCUUGGUUUGUGACCUUUUUGGACCAAUCUCUCUGUGUGUGUUUGCGUGUGUGUGUGUGUGUGUGUGUGUGUGUGUGUGUGUAGGGUUGCAGACGACGCGGUUGGGCAUGUACAUCGAGGACCGGGUGAAUAAAUACCUGAAGAGGCAGAACCACCCUGAGGCAGGGGAGGUGUUCGUACGAGUGGUGGCCAGCUCCGACAAAACUACAGAGGUCAAACCUGGCAUGAAAUCCAGGUAGGGACUGAGGAGUGGACACUCACAUGUAGUGCACUACCUAACAUUUUAGUGUACUUACGGUACUCAAAUUUAGCGCACUACUUUAGUUGUGCAGGCACUUUUGCAGCAUGCAAGGAGGUCUUGUCUGUACCUCAACAUAGUCAAUACACUAAGUAUUUGUCCAAACUCCUGUUUUAUUGUUGCCAGUAAACAGUGUGGUCGCCACCCUUGUUUGACUUGGGCUUUGCAGAGAGCCCAGGAGAUAAGAAUAUACCACAUAAUCUCUUAAAUACGAUGUUGUUGAACCUGCAUGUUUGAGCAGACUCCCUGUUACUGCCUUCAAUGGUCAGGUCAUACUUAGCAGACGCUCUUAUCCAGAGAGACUUACAGGAGCAAUUAGGUCAAGUGCACAUCGACAGAUUUUUCAUCUAGUCAGCUCGGGGAUUCGAACCAGCGACCUUUCAGUUACUGGCCCAACGUUCUUAACCACUAGGCUACCUGCCGCCCACUCAGUUUGGCCUCUUUGACACAUAUGGUUAAUGUUAGAUGUAGACGUCUGUCUUUCUGUUUUUUUCUGGUCAGGUUUGUGGAUACAGGUGAGAUGUCGGAGACCUUCCCCUACAGAACCAAAGCACUUUUCGCCUUUGAGGAGAUCGACGGCGUGGAUGUGUGUUUCUUCGGGAUGCACGUGCAGGAGUACGGCUCGGACUGCUCCUUCCCCAACACCAGGUCAGCACCUGUACCUGUACCCCUACAUGGGGCUGGUCCUGAGUACCUGUACCCCUACAUGGGGCUGGUCUUGGGUGGUUAUAAUGGGGUACACUGAGUGUGAUGUGUUGGUAGACCCUUGGUUCAGUAGUAACAUAUUACAUAUGCAGUUUUUAGUGUAUACAUUUAUAAAUGUAUUGAAAUUAGUGACUAACUGAUGACAUUUGUUUAUUCCUGUGUCUCCCUCCCUCCACAGACGGGUCUACAUAUCAUACCUGGACAGUAUUCACUUCUUCAAACCUCGACUGCUGAGGACGGCAGUCUAUCAUGAGAUCCUGAUUGGCUACCUGGAGUAUGUCAAGAAACUUGGGUAGGUCUUAAUUAAUAGUACAAUGAUAUACAUUCAUAUUGCAGUUUUCUCAAGUAAAAGCACUUUACUUGAUGGCGGUAACUCUCCACUUGCAUUAACCAAAACAACCAACCCUUGUCUCUUCUCCCCCUCAGCUACUCUCAGGGUCACAUCUGGGCGUGCCCCCCCAGCGAGGGGGACGACUACAUCUUCCACUGCCACCCUGCCGACCAGAAGAUCCCCAAGCCCAAGAGGUUGCAGGAGUGGUACAGGAAGAUGCUGGAGAAGGCCUUUGCUGAGAGGAUCCUCCAUGACUUUAAGGUAGGCCUCUCAAUGGCUAAAGCCUUUCAGGCCUAUCUUGUAGACUUGGUCCAGUUGAGUCCCCAACCUUGGCCUUGGGAAACUUGUUUUCUCUGCAACAGGGCCAACCAAGUCUUCAAACUCUAAACUGUUUUGAGGUUUCUGAAUGUAUUCAUAGGGCUAGAACAGCAACAACCAGCCAAGCAGAAGACUCAUAUUAGUUGAACAUUUGUGUCCAUUGGACAUUAAAGUAAUCUUCUUCUGUGUUUUUCUCUAGGACAUCUUCAAGCAGGCGACAGAGGACUGUCUGACGGGGGCCAACGAGAUGCCCUACUUCGAGGGGGACUUCUGGCCCAACGUGCUGGAGGAGAGCAUCAAGGAGCUGGAACAGGAGGAGGAAGAGAGGAAGAAGGAGGAGAACGUAUCCUGCUCCGAUACACCGGAGGUGGUAGGAGGAGGAGGAGAGACGAGUCUGUCAUAGGAUAGACCGAUAACGGGGAACUAUCAAUAAUAGUACUAGAGACAAUAUCAUUAUCAAUAGCUAACCUACCUACAUGAAUACAUAUAACUCCUACCUCUCUAGUGUCUUGUCUUAAAAUGUAGUUUUUAUGUGAAAUGAUGUAUUAGUUGAAUGCAUAACAUACGUGUGAUUGUUUGUGCCCUCACUGUCCUGUGUGUAAACAUUUGUUGAUUUGCCAUAUUUUUCUAACUCUUCCCUCUUCUCUUCCCUCAGGGCACGCCAGGGGACACUAAGAACGCCAAGAAGAAGAACAGCAAGAAGACCAAUAAGAACAAGGGCAGCGUGAGCCGAACCAAUAAGAAGAAGCCUGGUAUGCCGAAUGUAGCCAAUGACCUGUCCCAGAAGCUCUACGCCAGCCUGGAGAAACACAAAGAGGUAUGAUGACGUCGCCACUUUCGCUUUGAGAUACACGUCGUCUUUCAAUGGCUUUAACUGUUUUAUGAAGUUGUUUCUUAGAAUGGUGCCAUGUGUAGAUUCUCUUCUAGAAUCUCUGAGCUGGGAUAUUACCGUAUUGGUCCGAAUAUAAGACGACCCUGAUUAUAAGACGACCCCCCGUUUUUCAACACAAACAUUUAGAAAAACAGAUUUGCAGACUAGAUUUGCCGAACAAAGAACUUCAUUUUAUUUUAAAAUAACAAUAUUAAAAACACAGUGAAUUAAACACAAAGGCAAACUAUGUACAGUAUGAUUCAAAAUUAAUAUCAAGCAAUAAUAAAGCAACAUUUUUAAAUAACAGAGAAAAUACAGGCCACACAUUUAACUAAACUUAACAAAAAUUCGCCAAACUUCUCCUCCGAUGUCUCUCUAUCCCUCACACACGUCCUCUGCCCCGCUGUGUUCGCUCUCGCUGUCAUCGCUCCCCAGCUGCUCCGCUUCCACCGGCUCCUCCCAAAGCACGUCGUCCUCGCUGCCGUCCAAUGCAUUUGAGAUGCAACAUUUUUUAAAGCCAUCGAUGAUGCUCUGUGAGGGAAUAGCAUCCCAUGCAUGCAGGAUCCAUUCACACAGUAGACUUCUCUCCGAAGUCUGACGGCAGGCGUUGGGCCAAACUCGUUCUCCGUCUAAGUGACAGUCCAUUACGCCGCAUCAUCCUACGACACCAGCCGAGGCUGGCUUUAAAUCCAGUGAUGUUGAGCUCUCUGGCGAUUUCCAGGGCCUUAACCUGGAUGACAGCUCUGGUAAUGGGCAUUCCCUCACUUCUUUUUUCCCUGACAUAUUCAAAAACCCUCCGGUCAACCUCAAUGAAACGACCACUUUGAGGACCACGGAAGGAUUUUCGCUGACUGUUAGCAUCUUUUAGACGUUGUUUUUCUGCUCGCCAUCUUCUUACAUUACACUCAGUGACCCCGAAUGUCUUGGCAGCUUGGCAGUUGUUAGAUGACUCUGCCUUAUUGACAACCAUUAUUUGAAAUUGGCAUCAUAGCUCCUCCGCUGUUGUUUAUUGACCUGGCCCACUUUUGAGCCACUUGUCUCUAAAUGGUCAGCCUGUCUUUCCAUCUUUAACACGGUAACGGGCUGGUUGUUAAGGACGCCUCUUCCCUCCGUCCGGAACGAUUUUGGCGCCAUCUGUGCCCGCGAAUGUGUAUUGACAUUAAAGGGAGCGCCGAAGAAGAGAAACUGCGCUCUGAAUACUAGACCCAGAAUAUAAGACGACCCGACUUUUUUGGACCUAUUUCGAGGGGAAAAAAGGCCGUCUUAUAUUCGGACCAAUACGGUAUUGGCCUGACCCAAACCCAAUGGCAAACAACCAAGAAUUGAGGGAUGCUCUCUUCAAGUGUAUGUCUAACUGCUCUCCUCUCUCCCUCCAGGUGUUCUUUGUGAUCCACCUGCACUCGGCCCAGAUGGCCAAUAUGCUGCCCCCCAUCAUGGACCCUGACCCCCUGCUGAACUGUGACCUGAUGGACGGCCGCGACGCCUUCCUCACCCUGGCCCGGGACAAGCACUGGGAGUUCAGCUCUCUCAGGAGGUAAUGAUAAUGAUAAUACAUUUGAUUUGUAUAGCGCUUUUCAUAAUAGAGGAAUCUCAAAGUUCUACAUCUUUAAUUCUACCUUAGAAUUGAACAAUUAUGACUGUCUUACCUACCUAAGUUGAAUGCACUGUGACUGUAAGUCGCUCUGGAUAAGCACAUCUGCUAAGUGUAACAAUAAAGUCAACAUACAGUAAGAAUCAAGCCAGCUAAAGCAACAAUGGUAGAUGCUAAAAGGCCUUCACAGAGAGAGUCUGUUAAAGUGUUUUAGUAUUUUUAGGCCAGUUUUAAAAUGUAUUGAUGGAUGGAGUGGUGGUAAGGUAGAGCGUUCCAUAGGCCAGUGGUUUCAAACCUCUCCUCUGGGACCCUCAGACAUUUCACAAUUUAGUUGUAGCCCUGAACUAACUCACCUGAUUCACCUAUUCAAGGCUGUUUAGUUGACAAGUUGAAUCAGGUGUGCUAGCUGUGGAAUAGAUUAGAUCCAUGGAACGGCUGGGGGUCCCUGAGGAGAGGUUUGAAAACCACUGCCAUAGAGGACCAUUGGUUGAUGAAUUUCGACCGUUUGUUUCCAUAAGGUGUAAGUGGAGCACCAUGUGUAUGCUGGUGGAGCUGCACAACCAGGGUCAGGACCGCUUCGUCUACACCUGCAAUGAGUGUAAACACCACGUGGAGACUCGCUGGCACUGUACCGUCUGUGAGGUAAGACACACACACACACACACAUGCAUACAUCCUCACCAUCUUUGGAGAUUUAUACCAUGUUCCUGUGUCUUUGUCCCAAACAAUCAAAUGAGUUUUAUAAAGCCUGUAGUCAAAAAGUGUUUUACAGUAACCCUAAAGAACAAGCAGGCAAUAGCUGUGCUCUGUCACUUACAUCUGUCCAUGCAUGUAUUAACCUCCACCUCUCUCCUCUCAGGACUUUGACCUGUGUAUCAACUGCUACGCCGCCAAGGGCCACGAGCACCAGAUGGUCAAGUGGGGCCUGGGGCUGGACGACGACAGCAAUGGAGCGGGUGGCGCCGGCGAGGCCUCUAAGAGUCCCCAGGAGUCACGCCGUCUCAGCAUCCAGCGCUGCAUCCAGUCCCUGGUUCAUGCCUGCCAGUGUCGCAACGCCAACUGCAGCCUGCCGUCCUGCCAGAAGAUGAAGCGCGUGGUGCAGCACACCAAAGGUAAUGUAAUCGGUUGCUGGCAUCAGUAUCCUGCUGUUGUGCCCUUGAGAAAGGCACUUAACCCCAAAACUGCUCGAAGGGCGCUGCACUGCGACUGACCCUGUCCUCUUAACCUCUCUGUGGAUCCAUGUGUGUCUCUGGGGGUUGAGAUAAAGGAAAAAUACACUUUUUAAUGUCUCCUUGAAAAUUGACAAUAACAUAUCUUCUCUUAUCUAUUUUAGGUUGCAAGAGGAAGACCAACGGCGGCUGCCCUGUGUGCAAGCAGCUCAUCGCCCUGUGCUGCUACCACGCCAAGCACUGCCAGGAGAACAAGUGUCCCGUACCGUUCUGUCUGAACAUCAAGCACAAGCUACGGCAGCAGCAGCUCCAGCACCGCCUACAGCAGGCUCAGAUGAUGAGGAGAAGAAUGGCCACCAUGCAGGGAAGAGCAAUGCCCCAGAGCUUACCAUCCCCCCCUCUGGCCCCCACUACAACCCCCAACACCACCCCCUCCCACCCCCAGCAUAACCCACCCCAAACCCCCCAACAACCGCUUUCGAACCAGCCGCAGACCCCAGCGUUCUCUCCUCGCAACGGUCAUCCCCUAACGCCAGCUUCCAAGGGCAAGGGGGGACCUCAAGCGUCCCCUUUACACCAGCAGCAGUCACCUCUCCCCCCGCAACCUCCCCAACCCCAGCCACCCCCUCAACCUCAACAACCCCCUCAACAACAACCCCCUCUCGCUGCAGUCAAGAUGGCGCGGCACAUUGAGAUGGUGGCCCAAGCGCAGCAGCAGAACCAGCAGAACUACCGGGUCAACAUGAACGGCCUGCCGAUGCACCAGCAGAACCCCCAGCAGAACCCCCAGCAGCAGCAACGCAUGGCCGGACCCAUGCAGAUGGCUGGGGGUCAAAUGGUGGGACCCAGAGGGCCCCAGGGCAUGCAGCAGCCCAUGGCCCCAGGUCAGUGGCCCAGCGCUGGGGGAGCUCAGCCUGGACAACCAGGAGUUGGAGUCCCUCCCCAGGUGGGUCAACCCCAGCAGGGGAUACCGAUGCAACAGAGACCCAUGAUGUCUCCUCAGCAACAGGCCCAGGCUCAGAGGAUGCUAGUCCCCCAGCCGGGGGGUCCCAGACCCCAGACGCCGCCCCAGAGACCCGGGGCCAUCGCCCCCAACGCCCUCCAGGACCUCCUGAUGACCCUCAAGUCCCCCAGCUCACCCCAGCAGCAGCAGCAGGUCCUCAACAUCCUGAAGUCCAACCCCCAGCUCAUGGCGGCAUUCAUCAAACAGAGAACGGCAAAGUACCACGCCAGCAACCCCCAGCAACAACAGCAGCCGGGGAUGUUGGGAGCCCAGCCGGCGAUGCAGGCCAUGGCAGCCAUGCAGGCUGGGGCUGGGGGGGUCCAGAGGCCCGGGAUGCCCCCUCAGCAGCCUCAACAACCCACCGCCCAGGGGAUGGCUGCUUUAGGACCCCAGGGGCAACUCAUGAACCCUGGACACAACCCCCAACCCAACGCUGCCCAGAUACAGGAGCUCUACCGGAGACAGCUCCUACGACAACAACAACAGCAACAACAGCAGCAGCAGCAGGCCCAUCCAGCCAGCUACUCUCAGCUCCGCAUGCAGCAGCAGCAGCUAGCCAUGCAGGGCCAGGGCCAGCUCCCUCCCAUGGCCCAGAUGGGUCAGUCUGGCAUGGGCAUGGACCCCACCGCCACCACCCAGAACCUCUUGCACCAGCGGAUGCUCCAACAACAACAGCAGGGUAUCCCUAACCAACAGGCCGUCCUCAAGCAGCAGACGGGGGGCUCCCCGGUCCAGCCCAGCCCCACCAUGAGUCCCCAGGCCCAGGCCCACCUGCUGGCCGGCCAGCCCCAGCCUGGAGCUCACCUCCCUGGCCAGUCCCCCAUGGCCAAUGCCCUCUCCAACCGGUCCCCUGCACCCGUACAAUCCCCGUGCCCGCCCUCGCAACAACACCCACAUUCCAGCCCUUCGCCCCAGGUUCAGCCCUCACCCCACUCGGGGUCCCCCCACCCGGGCUUGGCAGGCCCCAUGCCUGGCUCCAUGGACCAGGGACACUUGGCCACGGCGGAGCAGAGCGCUAUGCUAUCGCAGAUAAACACGCCCGCCAGAGGA